CAACAACAAUAACAGCAACAAAACAGACAAAACCGAUGACGUCAUUAAGCACAACUGAAGAAACAACAACGAUCAAAGCACUAACAUCAAUGGAGUUAUCAUCUUCGCAAGCACCAACCACGACAACUAUGUCAUUGAAGCCAGGAACGACGACGGCAACAACGACAGCGACGACGAUACCAACAUCUAUUCCACCAAUCCAGCAUACAACAACGGCAACGAGUGUGACGGGUCUACCAUUAGAAUGUCGGGGAGUCCCUCAGGUUCACACGCUGCCCUCGGGGAUUAUACAAUCACCUGGUAGGGAUAAUGGUAAUCCCUAUCCGAGCAAUGCUACGUGUGAAUGGGUUAUCAUCGCCGGAGACAAUCAUGUGAUUGAAUUGACCUUCGUAGAGUUUGACCUUGAAUCCGACCCUAAUUGUAAUGCCGAUCGGGUAACAAUUCAUGAUGCAUCGACGUCGUCUGGCCCAAUACUGGCGUCGUUUUGUGGAAGCAAUAUCCCUGAUAAUGUGACGUCAUCCUCUCACGUCCUGUUCCUCUCCCUACUUAGUAACAAUGAUGUGGAGAAAAGCGGAUUUAUAGCUAGCUAUACAACGAUAACAAAAGUGAUGCCGCCGCCAUCUUGUCUUGCUGGAGAGUUCGCCUGUAACAGCGGUGUUUGUAUACCGGAGGAGUGGUUAUGUGACGGGGAGGCUGACUGUACCGGCGCGGAGGACGAAAUGUCAUGUCAAAUGUGCCUGGUUGGAGAGUUUCGUUGUGGCAAUGCCAAGUGUAUUCCUGAAUUGUUACGCUGUGACGGACACGACGAUUGUGCGGAGGGUUUGGACGAACACAACUGCAUUUCCAUAGGAACUGCCGAUCAGUCCGUGCGGGUUAUGUAUCACUCGAAGUGGUAUCCGGUGUGCAGUGAUGACUGGAGUACAGACGCAAGUGACGUCAUAUGUCAACAACUCGUCUUCAGUGAUUCUAUAACGAUGACGCCAGUAAACACCAAUAACUUGGUGUUUAUGACGCUUAAGGAUGACCCACCGCUGGCAUUUAACUCGAUACAAUCGAUGUUCGAACCAACGGUCACCUGUAACAGCGGCCAGAAAGUACAACUCCAAUGCGGAAAUAAUGUCUGUGGUAGAAGAAGUCCGAAUUUGAUGACGCCCUAUAUCAUAGGGGGGACAAAGUCUUUCCUGGGCCAGUGGCCGUGGAUGGUUGCCAUUAAAAUCAGCCAGAAGUUCAUUUGUGGCGGCACACUUAUUGGACACCAGUGGGUUGCCACAGCUAGCCACUGUAUCGAGUCAGUAGCAGCAAGACCAUAUCUUCUGAAUGUGAUGAUAGGUUCCGUUGCGAUGAACCCAGUGGACGGCGUACAUUUUAAGGUCACAGAGGUCAUCAUACAUCCAGAUAAUAACUUCAUUUACCAGGCAGAUCUUGCGCUGCUAAGGUUGCAAAAACCAGUUAUUUUCACCGACCACGUGAAGCCCCUUUGCCUAGCAACGGAGUCGUACGCACUCACAGGAAGUUCCAUUUGCUACGUUUCUGGCUGGGGUGUACGUUCAGUAUCAGAUUACUACUCUACUGUUAUGCCUGAUUUUCUGCACCACGCUAAAAUGAAGCUCGUGACACACUCAAAAUGUAAGGACUCGUACCAGGGCAAGCUUAAAGAUACGAUGUUGUGUGCUGGCUACGACCUCGGCAGGAUUGAUUCGUGCAAGGGUGACAGUGGUGGGCCGCUAAUGUGUAAGGUCAGCGCAGACAGGUGGGUGUUGGCUGGAAUCACCAGCUGGGGUGAGACCCCAUGUGGCCAGGCAAAGAAACCCGGAGUUUACACAAGAGUGGACAAAUACAGAGACUGGAUUACAGGCAUUACAGCAGACGGCGGAAGACAACACGACUGCACAUAUGAAACGCCGGGGCUUUGUGGCCAUAUUGACGUUUCUCUGGACGGAUUUAUGUGGACCCGGAGGUCACGUGACCCUACAUUUGACUACACUUUGGGAAACGCUACUGGGCAUUUCCUGUACGCUGAAAACCCAACCGGCCUGAUUACGUCACAUCAUGAAGCAACUCUGAAAAUCCCUCCAUUUUUGAAGAAAGAAGUUAAAUGCAUGUCAUUGGCAAUCUUCUUCUAUGGAGCCCAGUCCGACAUCAAACUAAAGAUUAUUGGUCAUGUGACACCGGAUGUGACCCGGACGCUGUCCGAAAUAUCCUCUUUUUCUAGUUCAUGGGAUGUUGCGCACAUCACUAUCGACGAUGAUGUCACAGAAGUAAACCUAGUCGCUGUGAGAGGAUUUCGCGAAAAUGUGGGCGUGGCCAUCGAUGACGUCAUGUUCUCUGAUGGAUAUUGUCAAGAUACUGUAAAACUUCGCUGUAGCUUUAACGGUGGUAACACAUGUCUGUACACAAACGACAAAGACGAUUUAUUUGACUGGAGUUUACAACCCCACACUGCCGAACCUGGCUACUACAUUGAGUUUGACGGUGGAGGUAAAUAUGCUGGAGAUAAGGCAAGGCUUUCCUCUCCAAUGAUGACCACGUCCAUCCCUCGUUGUGUGAAGUUUUCCUAUCAAAUAUGUCCGCAGUCAUCCGGGGCACUUUCUCUCCUCACCCAAGUUAACUUCGGGGGAGUUUCACUAUUGCGGGCACCUGUGUGGACCACACAGCUGUCAAAUUGUAACGACUGGACACAGGCUAUGGUAGACGUGGACCACCAAUCACAUCCUUUUGGUGUAGCUUUUGAAGCGUCGAGAGGUUUAUAUUCUGGUAGCAUUAGAGUAGACGAUAUCAGUAUUUUGCAGGGUAACUGCUUCUAGGAUGUUUCAAACCGUGUACCCAUACAUCCUGCAUUUUUAAGGACAAUUAUAUUUGACCAUAUCUAAGGAUACGCAGUCCCGAUUUAGUCCCGGAUACAUUUUAGAUACAGAUGCAGAUCUGACAAUUUGGAACCACAUGGACCUGAGAAUUUAUUACAGCUAAAAUUGGACCUGAACUGUUCAGAGUAACAUAUACUUAAGACUUUGACACUCGUAUAAACCAUAUUGGGGGUAGCAUUUUUUUCAACGAAUAUUGAUCUAACUUGUGUAUGUUUAUGUGUGUUGUGACCCAUAUCAGUAUAGCAUAUGUGUGAUUGUAACGUGACCCUGUGAUCUAACCCUUUAAAACGGGUAAAAUUAAUCGAAACACCUCGGUUAAGGCCCAAAUUCUCAUGUCCCUGUGUUUUGAGCGACGUACGCCAGGGCGCGUAGCUGUCUAUAGAAUCAAACCAAAACGGAAAACACAUACUGUCUGUUGUACCUCCUAGUCUCCCACCAAGGCCUUGCCCUGGACCCGCUAACAGGGGCUUGCUACGUCCCUUUGUGUGACGAUGUCUUACACACGUGUAAAAUGUUGGACCAUUUAACUGCCAACAUUACAUGUCAAGUCAAUAUCGUGUUUGCCUGGGUGUUAUAUAUCAUAAUAACAUUGCUACAUUUUCAAAAAUAUGCAGUUACAUAUGGCAUAAAGCAUAACGUUGCAUAAUAUGGAUCAAUCAUUUUACAUAAAAUAUUUUAGAAAUAGUAAUGCUAUGUUAUAUUUUAAUAAAAACGACCCAGAUUAUCACAGAUAACAGUCCAGAGAGCAAGUGAUCGGGACAGCCCAUAACUAACAAGCUCUCUGGAUGUCGUCCAAAAUGACACAUAUGUGAGUUACACUCAUUAUAAACCAUCUUUUAUGUCGUCUGACAACAGUUCACACACACAUAUAUAUAUGUGUGUAUGUGUGUGUGUAUUACUCAUUUAACCGCUUGUAAGCUGCACAUGUGUGUAACCAAUGAGCCAAGGGUAGCAACGUCUACAUAGUAAAUAGGCUGUAUUUCCUGUGUUGUGUAGAACACAGUUAAUCCAUAUACUUUAUAUAUAUAAACUACAGAACACCGUGUAACCUUAUACAUGUCUUAUAUCUCCUGGCAGUAAACGAGAUAAGUUUACUCUGUUACCAGUCUCCACCGAGCAGAAUAAAUACGGCGUAUCUCACCUCCCACCUGUUUCGGUGUUAUAAUUAAGUUAGAUGACCUAGUUCGCUGAUCAAGGCCUAGCCUAAAGAGCCCUUACACUGUAUCAUUAGCCGGACCAUCAUAUCCGUUCUAAAAGUCCAACCAGAUUGUGGAUGUGUGCGAACAUCCUGUCGCUUAUCGACCUCGUCCUGUGCACAUUGAACAGUUAUUGAUUAGUGCAGAUUACACGGAUCAGGACACUGAUCGAGGUUCGACUGAAGAAAACUUUCAAAACUUGCCUGAAGAAAUGACCUGACUUUACUUGCAUAUGUUAUGCAUACUAAAUACAGGUACUAUAGCCUCGUCUGUCAAUACAUCCAUAGAUUUUUUUAUGGGUGUAUUGACAGACCAGGCUAGUAUACCUUUGUGCUAAACAUAUAUCUUCCACUUUUCAAAAAUGUUUCAUCUUAAUGUGGUUUUAAAAUUCUUCAAUGGCUAAAACAUAGUACUGCAUGAACCACACAUAUGUGCUUGAUACAACCGAAACUCACAACAUCACACAGUUUAUUAUUCAAACAGAAGGGGCGUAACACCCCUUAAUUUUGUGAAUAUCUUAUAAAUCUGAGACAUUUUUUUUUUUUUUUUUUUUUUUUAAAUAAUAGCUUAUUGAAUGGUAAUGGUAAUGAUUAAAGUGUGUCAAAAUGUUGUUAAUGUAUACGUAGGUCACCAGUAAUCAUUUAGGAUUGUGUUCCAUUGUGUUUCAUUAUGGCAUGAUGAUUUUAAACCAAUAAGCUGAAAAUGGAUUAAAAAUAUUAUAUCCUUUAAAUCAAUAUUAAUGUUCGUGUGUUUACUCUGUAAUAAACAUGCGUACCAUUGACUUGGGAAGUUAGGAACCUCGUACACCAAAACUACAUUUUGGCAUACGUGGUAUACCACUAUAUUUGUAUUUUUGAUCUCAAAUGAGAAUACAUAGGCAUUAGGAAAUAACAAUUAAAAUACGUGUACGCUUGAUAAACCUCUCACAGCUCUGUUGUUAAACUUAAAUCGGUAAAAUAAAUACCGUCUUAGACAUAACCUUACGACCUGUAUAUCUAUAUAUACACACACCAUGUACGUAAGUACAUUCCUUACACAGGGGUCUGAUAUCGAACAAAUAUUUAAACAAAAAACAUUAACCAAAUUUAGUUGUAAUCCUUGCGUUAUAUAAUAGUUAUUUUCGUACUUUUCUGUCCGAUCAAUUAGACUUAAUCGUUAUCAUAUUUUGUUUAUUCUUGUUUGUCCGUUGCUUUAAGUAUGUAGAAAUAUGUCUAAACCGCAAGUCUCUGUGAUAUCGUGCCCCGUGUCUGAAUUGUUAAACCAUUCCAUCACACUCGAGUGUACCUUGUAUAUGUGUAUAGGCAACAGGUGAGCCAGUAGAUUGACCUUAUAAGGUAUUUUGAACAUAUCAGUUAAAUAAGGUAUUUCUGAACAUGGGAGUUAAGCUUAAAAUACACAUGAUUUCAGCGAUACGUUAUUUCACUCUAUAAGGUAUUACAUACAUGGAGUUUUACUUGGAAACCGUAUAAGGUAGUUUAAACCCGGAUGUAAACUCCACUACGCCGUAUGUGUUAAAUAGUCAGAUAGUUCACCUUAUAAGGUAGUUUGAACAUGGAGGUAACCUCCGCUACUCCGUAUGUGUUAAAUAGUCAGAUAGUUCACCUUAUAAGGUAGUUUAAACACGGAGGUAAACUCCACUUCUCCGUAUGUUUUGAAUAGUCAGAUAGUUCACCUUAUAAGGUAUUUUAAACAUGGAGGUAAACUCCACUACUCCGUAUCAGUUGAAUAGUCAGAUAUUUCACCUUAUAAGGUAUUUUUGAACAUGGAGGUUAGCUCAAUACUCAGUAUCAGUUAAAUAGUCCGAUAUUUCACCUGAUAUGAUAUUUUAGACAUGGAGUUAAGCUUAAAAAUGUGAUUCGACUGAUUUCAACAUAACAGUGACUGUUAAAUUAUUUUUGGAAACUCAUUGUGAAAUAAUUACGUCUUCAACAUAUAGUAAAUUAGUGAACAAUGCAGAUAAAAAAAAACGUAUAUUGAGUCAAGAACAAACCACGUAUUGAUCUGACAGACAGUCAUAUCGACAAGUCAAAACGAUAUUUGUGUUCUGUAGUUCGUGGGUACCAGGUCACUACAUGUUUUGUAGGAGAUCUCGUUACCUGUAUGUGAUUGUCAAAUGAUAAGAAAUGAUAAAUCUCACGUAUAGGAUCGUCUGUAUAUGACUGCACCUAUGUCCUAACUUACUCCAUUGAGUUUGUUUACCUGAUAAGCAAACAUUCCUCCAGACUGAUACCCGGCCGAGAUCGAUAUGCUUACAUAUUCAACCCUAAAGUCACAUUUGAACCUUGACCAUAUCAAAGACUGGGUAAAUCCAGUUUGAUAAUGUAGGGGGGAAUGAGUUAAAGGGUUGGCGACGGUCUUAUUCACCAUGUACUGGUCUUAUGAUCAUCACAUCAGCUUAAAUUAAAGGUACAUGGUCUCUUUAUGACCUGCUCUUCGAUUUCUUUUCAUUUUGUCUUCAAUAUUGAAAGAUUAAUAUAUAUUAUAAAGAAAAUCUGUGCCAUAUUUAUGAUGUGAAAUUAACAAGGACUUAAUUAGGCAUAUCUACGUACAGAUUUGUCAUAUUAACAGUGUUAUUUCCUUCCUUGUAGUGAAACUGAAUUAAUCAACUAAAUGGCGUCAGGCGACGACAAAUUACAGCAAUAUAUUGAAUUGUUCUCGAGGACGGACACUGAAAUUGACAUCGCAUGACGUCAAUAUUACCCGUUUGAACUAUGACCCUGAAAUACAUGCACAGACAGCUGACCACAUAUCAUGUCCUUUCGCCAAAAUAGUUUCACAUUUGUCAGGUAGGCAUUUUGAUAUAACUAGACAAAAUCCCUUCGUCGUUUCGAGUUGACAAAGUUUCACUUAUCGACAGCAAAGCCAUCAAAAGUCUUCUCAUAACGAAACAAAGAUUCACUACCUUCGUGUGACGCCAACUGAGCAACGUUAUCUGGUCUGUGGCCUGAUUUCACGACUAUGUUAAUAACGAUUACAACGUUACGCAUGCUGAUGAAUUGAAUCAAGCAAGUUAUAUAGGUGUGAAUGUGUCACUGUGUAUACGAUACACAGCUAGAUAUGUAAAUGUGUGACAUGACAAUCUCUAGAUAUGUCAGGUAACUCAUGUCUCAUCGUAUGUUAGCACUAACACAUGCUUCCCCUUGUUAUCAUAAGUUUUGUUUCUCGGUGAGAAUUAAAAUAAAUCUCUGUCAAUUAUUAUUAACUUUGUAAAAGUUGUAGGUAGUAUAAAGGACGAAACAAUUUGGAUGUAAUGGAAGUCAGCUUCCCGUUUAUAAACGCGAUGUUCAAUGUGUAAGGGCGGGUGUCGUCCAUGUAAUUCUUUCCUUAAACAUUUUCAUCGAUUUUUCAAUUAUAAUAUUAUUUUGUUGAUGCUUUAUUAUUAUCUUGUUUCUUAUGUGCGUAUGUGACAUAAAAUGUAUAUGUGUGAUGUUCAAUGUAUAUGUGUGAUGUUCAAUGUAUAUGUGUGAUG